AGCUCCUCGACCAUCAAUUCAGCAUCAGCCAUGGCUUCCACUCUUAAAGGACACACGACCCCGCCUGUUAGAACCGCAUCCCCCGGUCCCCUCGCCGAAGACUUCGCUCGCCAGCAAAUCUCCAAGCAGCAGAAGAACAACUUCCACUCUACUUCUCUCAAAAUGGUUUCCAACACUGUCAACAAGACCGCUCUCCAUCCCGGUGGUAUUGCCGCUCACGCCGAGCACACCGAGAUUGAGGAGGAGCUCCACGAUAAGGCGCACAUUGACUACGACCGCGUGGCAAUUAUUGCCAACCCCUCGGUUGCUGCACUGUACGAAGAUGCUCUCGUCUACGAAACUGGCUCGGCCAUCACUUCGUCGGGCGCUCUGUCGGCAUACUCAGGCGCGAAAACUGGCCGCUCUCCCUCGGACAAGCGUAUUGUGGAAGAGCCUGGUUCGCAGAAAGAGAUCUGGUGGGGACCUGUGAACAAGCCAAUGACUCCUGACGUCUGGCGCAUCAACAGAGAACGUGCUGUCGACUACCUGAACACCAGGAACCGCAUCUAUGUCGUCGAUGGUUUCGCCGGCUGGGACGAGCGCUACAGGAUCCGCGUGCGUGUCGUCUGCGCCCGUGCCUACCAUGCCCUCUUCAUGCGCAACAUGCUUAUCCGUCCCUCGAGAGAGGAGCUUGAGCACUUCCACCCCGACUAUGUCAUCUACAACGCUGGUGCUUUCCCUGCCAACAGGUUCACCACCGGUAUGACCUCGUCGACUUCCGUCUCCAUCAACUUUGCCGAGAAGGAAAUGGUUAUCCUGGGUACCGAGUACGCCGGUGAGAUGAAGAAGGGUGUCUUCACUGUUCUGUUCUACGAGAUGCCCGUCAAGCACAACGUCUUGACUCUGCACUCCUCGGCCAACGAGGGUCAGAACGGCGACGUCACUGUCUUCUUUGGUCUUUCCGGUACCGGCAAGACCACCCUGUCGGCGGACCCCAAGCGUGCUCUGAUCGGUGACGACGAGCACUGCUGGAGCGACACUGGUGUCUUCAACAUCGAGGGUGGCUGCUAUGCUAAGACCAUUGGUCUGUCUGCCGAGAAGGAGCCCGACAUUUUCAACGCCAUCAAGUUCGGCUCCAUCCUGGAGAACGUCGUCUUCGACCCCAUUACCCGUGAGGUUGACUACGAUGACUCUACCCUGACCGAGAACACGCGCUGCGCGUACCCCAUCGAGUACAUCGAGAACGCCAAGCUUCCCUGCCUGUCUACCAGCCACCCCACGAACAUCAUUCUCCUGACUUGCGACGCCCGCGGUGUUCUGCCUCCCAUCUCCAAGCUCAACACCGAGCAGACCAUGUACCACUUCAUCUCUGGUUACACCUCCAAGAUGGCUGGUACUGAGCAAGGAGUCACUGAGCCCCAGGCGACUUUCUCCUCUUGCUUCGCGCAGCCCUUCCUGGCGCUGCACCCCAUGCGCUACGCCAAGAUGCUGGCGGAGAAGAUUGCUACGCACAACGCCAACGCGUGGCUGCUCAACACCGGCUGGGUCGGCGCUGGCGCCACCACCGGCGGCAAGCGUUGCCCGCUCAAGUACACUCGUGCCAUCCUGGACGCCAUUCACUCCGGUGAGCUCGCCAAGGCCGAGUACGAGACGUACGAGACCUUCAACCUGUCGGUGCCCAAGUCGUGCCCGAACGUCCCCGACGAGCUGCUCAACCCGGCCAAGAGCUGGACCGGCUCGGCGGACUUCAAGGGCGAGGUGACGAAGCUCGGCAAGCUGUUCGCGGAGAACUUCAACAAGUACAGCGACCAGGCGACGCCCGAGGUCAUCAAGGCUGGGCCUGCUGUUUAGACGGGUUUGAAUGACUUUCCUUGCGGAUUCUCGGUGUAAUGGCCCAGAUUGAUUUUUUUGUCCCUUUCGGAGGCAUGUGAAUACGGACACCCCUCUGCCUUCUGCUUUUUUUGCGAAGCGUUUCCUUUUUCUUUGGUUGCGCGUGGCUGUAUAGUUGAAAAGGCUCGCGCGGACGGAU